AUGUCACAACUCGAGAGAGGCGAACAAAAACGAGCUGGUUUAAAUGAGGACAAUGUGAACGAGAAAACUGAUUCCAACGUUGAAAUCGAACUCCCACACGGCCUCAGCACUCUUCCAAACUCAAUCGACGAAACAACCAAAACCACAAUCUCAGCCCUCUCCGAAGCCGAAAGUAACCCAUUCUUCAUCCCGAAUCUUACCUUCACCCCCUCCGAAGAAUCCAAAGUUAUCCGCAUCCUCGACAAGCGUUUAUUUCCAUGGGUUCUCCUCACUACGUUCGUGCUGAACAUGGAUCGGACGAAUUUGUCAAACGCAAUUUCAGACAAUCUUCCGAAAGACUUGGGGUUCACGACAAAUACGGUGAACCUUGGAACGGCGAUUUAUUCAGUGCUGUUUAGCCUGGCAUGUUUGGGCGGAGCGGUGGUGUGUAAGAUUGUCCAUCCUGCAAGAUGGAUACCGUUUUCUAUGUUCUGCUGGGGCUUGGUUACAAUGUCACAUGCAUUAAUCAGAGAUAAAGGUGGAUACCUGACUGUUCGUUGCAUGAUAGCUGUUACAGAAGGUGGCGUAAUCCCCGCCACUCUUAUCUACCUCGGCUCCUUCUACCGCAGCACCGAGCUCGCUACACGUCUGGCAUGGUUCUGGGGUGUACAAACUAUCGCCAGCGCUGUCAGUGGGCUUAUGGCUAGUGGAUUGUUGCAAUUGCAAGGUGUCUCAGGACUAGAAGGAUGGAAAUGGCUCUUCCUGGUCGACGGGAUUAUUACAGUGGUCGUUGCGGUGUUGACUUGGUACGUGUUCUACCUUCCGCGAAAUGCCACGCUCACUAAAGGCGGUAUCCGUGGAUGGAAACCGUGGUUCGAUGAAAGACAGGUUCGGAUUGCGGUUACGCGAAUUGUACAGGAUGAUCCUUCCAAACGGCUUUAUGAGCAACGCGUGCACUGGGAAGACGUCAAAGACGCUGCAACCGAUCUUGGUUUAUGGGGACAUCUCCUUAUCACUGCUGUUGGACUCACACCGACGACUCCUCUGGGCGUAUACCUUCCAUCCGUUAUCAAAACCUUCAACUUUUCGAUAUUCGUUGCAAACGCCCUGACAGCGCCGCCGUACAUAUUACAGUGCUGUACGACGGUUUUGUUCAUUUGGCAUUCCGACAGAAUUGGAGAGAGAGGGUUUCAUGGGGCUUUUGGAGCAACCUGGCAACUCGUUGGAUGGAUCUUACUUCGUUGUUUGCCUUCGGAUGCGAGUAAAGGCGUCAAAUAUUUUGCUGCGCUUCUCGUUGCUUGCUGGCCAUACACCCAUCCCUUGAAUAUUGCAUGGAUGUCUGAGAAUACAGGGCAAGUCGUACUACUUCUACCUUCUCUGAGCAUCGGAAAACGAACUCUCGCCUCUGGCUGUGUCAUCUUCGCCGCCAACAUCUACGGAGUCUGGGGUUCGCAAAUCUAUCAAGCCAAAGACGCUCCAGAUUACCGUACCGGAAACACUAUCAAUAUCGUAUUUGCUGGUACCGCAGUGUGUUUGUGGUUUGUGCAGAAGGGGUAUUACAAGUAUCGGAACGCCAGAAACGCGAAGGUCUGGGCGGAACUUGGUGAGGAUGCACGGAAGAGGGAGGAGAUAUCGCAGGAAGUGGAAGGGAAUAGAAGUGUGUUGUUUAGAUUUACGACGUGA